AUGAUACCCGGUGGGGUUCGUUUGAAGUCUCGACUUCAGCUUGAUUUAACUUUCAUAAGAAUUCAACGUGUA